AUGGAGUCAGAAUAUUGUGUCUUCUCUCAUGUUGUUCUUGAUGUUCGUUAUCUUCAACAGCAUGCGUCAAAGGAUAAAUCACUCUCUUAUGAGGUGUUGAUUGUUGAUGGUGGAAGUGUUGAUGGGACACAAAGAGUAGCUUUUAACUUUAUAAAGAAAUACACAGUUGACAAUGUGAGGAUCAUCCUUCUUGGCAGAAAUCAUGGCAAGGGAGAAGCUAUAAGAAAAGGAUUCCUUUAUGCUACUUCAGAAUUACUUCUAAUGCUGGAUGCUGAUGGUGCAACCGAGGUUAAUGACCUAGAAAAACUUGAAAGUCAGAUCCAUGCGGUUGCCAGAAAGGAGUAUCGUCGUAAAGAUUCCACAUCUGGUGAUUCUGAUUUUAGAGUAUCUGAUGUCCCAGUAGCUGCAUUUGGUUCUCGUGCUCAUCUUGAAGAGAAAGCUUUGGCUACGAGGAAGUGGUACCGCAAAUUUUUGAUGAAGGGUUUCCAUAUUGUGGUUCUCUUGACUGCUGGUCCUGGUAUUCGUGAUACACAGUGUGGUUUCAAGAUGUUUACUAGGACUGCAGCAAGGAAGCUUUUCACAAAUAUCGGCCUGAAAAGUUGGUGCCUUGAUGUUGAGAGAGUUUAUCUAUGCAAAAGGUUUAACAUCCCAAUGGUGGAGAUAUCUGUGAAUUGGUCUGAGAUUCCUGGAUCCAAGGUGAAUCCCCUGAGUAUCCCCAACAUGCUUUGGGAGCUUGUGCUUAUGUCAGCUGGAUACCGGACGGGUAUGUGGAAGAUUGCCCAAUGA